UUUUUGUAUAUACCUAUAGUGUAAUAUAAAGAUGUCCCAAUAUUUGGUUGUUGAAUUUGAGGAUAAUUCAAUAGAAGCUGUUCCGGCUGGCUGGUUUAAAAAAAAAGAAGGCACAUGCGCGUGGCCAACCACUAAAAAUACUAACUUUAUUAGAAAAAGUGUCGAGUUCAAAAGUAUUCCGAAUGAUGUUGAAUACAGUUACCAUGCAGCUAAAGUUUUGAAAAUAUCUGAUUCAUUAUUUAAAGCAAGAAAAAUGGUAAAAAAAGGAUUAACAAACAUUGAUAUAUCAUCUACCGAUGAUGAUAUUUUAUUAAAACCCAAACAAAGAACGGCUAAAACUGCAUCAAGUCUACAGUUUUCAUCAUCAUGUCCAACAUUUUCAGCAUCUGAAGAUGAUAACUGCAGCAGUGAUGAGAAAAUUAAGAAGAACGGUACUAGCAGGACAUUAUUAAAUGGAUGGUCGCCAUCUCCUAAAAAAGUUAAACUUUAUGAAGGACUGGAAAAUCCACCAAAUAAUAGCCUUACAAAAGAUAGUUAUAUUAAUGCUUCAAAGUCAUCAACUGUGAAAAAAUUAUCUUUUAGUGAUGAUAAUAAUACAUCUUUGAAUGGUACUUUGAAGUACAAAAAUAUAGUUGAUCAAACAAAUCUUGCUUGUGACCUUAUUGAUAUAAACUCUGUGGAUAAUUAUGUUUUUGAAACUCCCGGGAAUCUGAGAUAUAAUAAUGUUAUUAAAUCAACUGAUCUUGAACUCGAUAAAGAAAACUUAGAUGUUAUUGUAAUAUCAGGGACACCUCAAUAUACCAUUGAUCCAUUACCAUCGACCAAAGCCCCAGAAAAUGUUGUAUCAACUCCAAAAAGUACUACAGAAUUCGAAAAAGAAGUGCUUCAUAGACUAACAUUUUUAAAAUUUGAAUUAAAGCGAGCUGUUAAUAAUCAAAGGGAGAUGGUCCAAAGAUUGGAAAUGAUAGAAGCUAGACUUGAAAAUAUUCCAUCACAUGACGUAUCCACUUUUAACAAUAACAAUAAUGGUGAUCUAUCAUCUUUAAUUGAUAAAGAUUUCAAUAUUCCUCUUGAUAACAUAAUUGAUCUUGAAAUCUUUGAAGACAAAAUUUCUGACAAUAAAGAAUUCCGUAAUAAAUUGGUAAAUGAACUUUCAUACAUAGGCGGUAAGCAUGUUAAAGCAAUGGUCAAACGGGUGAUGGCAAAAUUGUUUAAAGAUGAAUUAUUAAAAGAUUUCUCUUACACUGGUAAGAAAGGCAAAAAAAAAUUCUGUUGUUUGGGUUGCUGUUCUGUGAUUUUUGAUGCUGUCAAAAAGCAAAAUAAAUUUAAAAAUUCAUCUCAAAAUGAAAUGGAGGAUAUCAUCAAAUAUGUCCUUGCUCAAGCCCCAUUUAACUUAAAAAGAAUUUCUGACAAGAAUUUCUGA